AAUAUUAUAGAUUUAGAUAAAUAUUUAUCUCAAGAAGAAUUUGAGUUUCUCAAAACAUUAGAUCUAAUAAAAAAUGAUGCUGUAUUAGAUACUGGUAUUCACUUUAUUCAAAUUAGAGUUAGCGAUCCAGAAAGACCUCAUGAUAAUUUAAAUUUAUUAAGUAAUUGGGAAGCCUUAGUUCCAUCUAUAAAAAAUCUGAGAUAUGAAUUUAUUAAACCAAUAUCUGACUAUAAAGAAUAUAAUGAAACACCAUAUAUGCCCUAA